CGUCAGCGCGUUUAGCGUCUGAACACGGAAGUCGGUCGGUAGGGACGGGGUGUGAGCUUGAGCCGCCGUGGCUCAGGCAGCGGGUUUCCCGCCAGGGCUUGUGGAGGCUCCCGAGGCGAUGGCGGCGGCUGGUGCGGAGCUGCAGGGGAAGUACCAGAAACUGGCCCAGGAGUAUUCGAAGCUUCGAGCUCAGAAUCAGGUACUGAAAAAAGGUGUUGUGGAUGAGCAAGCACAUUCUGCUUCUCUGAAGGAGCAACUGAAGAUGAAGGACCAAUCAUUGAGAAAACUGCAACAAGAAAUGGAUAGUCUGACAUUUCGAAAUCAGCAGCUUGCUAAGAGGGUGGAACUGCUUCAGGAUGAACUUGUCUUAAGUGAAGCCAAGGGCAAGAAGAGCAAGAAAAAUGGAGAAUCUUCAUCUCAGUUGACUCAAGAGCAGAAGAGUGUUUUUGAUGAAGAUCUUCAAAAGAAGAUAGAGGAGAAUGAACGAUUACAUAUACAAUUCUUUGAAGCAGAUGAGCAGCACAAACGUUUGGAAGCUGAGCUGACAAAUAGACUUCAGGUUUUGGAAACAGACGCUGCCCAGCAUCAAGCAGUGGUGGAUGAUUUAACCCGGAAAUACAUCGAUACCAUAGAAAAACUGCAGAAUGAUAAAACCAAAUUAGAAAUCAAGUCUCAGACACUAGCAAGAGAGGCCAAGGAAUGUAGAUUUCGAGCAGAAGAAUGCCAGCAGCAGUUAAAGAACCUUCAUGAAGAUUUGGGUAGACGAUUGGAUGACUCUUUAUCCAUAAUCAAUGAAAAAGUACCUUUCAAUGACACAAGAUCUAGUCCAUAUAAUGCUCUGAAUGUACCAUUACACAAUAGAAGAUGUCAGCUGAAGUUGCGAGACAUUGCUGGUCAGGCUUUGGUUUUCGUUCAGGAUCUUGUGACAGCUCUUCUGAACUUUCAUACUUACAUGGAGCAGAGAGUCCAGAUUUUUCCCAUAGAUUCUGCCAUUGAUACUAUAUCGCCAUUAAACCAGAAGUUCUCACAGUAUCUCCAUGAAAAUGCAUCCUAUGUACGCCCUCUGGAGGAAGGAAUGCUUCAUUUGUUCGAGAGUAUUACAGAAGAUACUGUGACUGUGCUGGAAACAACUGUGAAAUUGAAGGCCUUCUCUGAACAUUUAACUUCCUACACCUGUUUUCUCAAGAAGAUUCUUCCUUAUCAGUUAAAAAGUUUGGAAGAAGAGUGCGAAUCUUCUCUUUGCACAGCUGCUUUAAGAGCCAAGAAUCAGAAGCUCCACAAUGAUAUGAAGAAGAUGACAGCAGCGUUUGAGAAGUUACACAUAUACACUAGUCUUCUUGUCUUACCAAGUAUAAAACCAGAAGGGCUGCUUCGGACAAAUUACAGUUCACUAUUCACACAUAUUGCUGCAUGUCUUCAUGGAUUUCAUGAUGUUAUGAAAGAAAUUUCCAAGCACUAUAGUCAGAAAGCUGCCUUAGAACAUGAGCUUCCAACAGCCACACAGAAACUUAUAACAACAAAUGACUGCAUCUUGUCCUCAGUAGUGGCUUUAACAAAUGGAGCAGGCAAGAUUGCCUCAUUCUUUAGUAACAACUUAGACCACUUCGUGGCUGCAUUGAGCUAUGGACCUAAGGAAGGAGCACAGUUCAUCAGCCCUCUAUCAGCUGAAUGUAUGCUCCAGUACAAGAAGAAAGCAGUUGCCUACAUGAAAUCUUUAAAGAAGUCCUGUUCAGAUUCAGUGCCUUAUGAAGAGGCUUUGGCCAAUCGCAGAAUUCUUCUGAGUUCGGCAGAAAAUAGAGAGAGUCUUGCACAACAGGUUCAGCGAAGUCUGGAGAAAAUUGCAAAACUGGAGCAAGAAAAGGAACAUUGGAUGCUUGAGGCCCAGCUAGCCAAAAUUAAGUUAGAAGACCAGAAACUAAGGAGCUCGUUUAGUGGACAGUUGAUCGAACCUACCCCAGGAAAUUCUCUUCUGCUGAAUACAGCCGAACAAGAAAAGGAAGAAGCCAUAGAAAAGACUUCCAGGGAGCCUGUUAAUAGAAUGAAUGGGAUUGGAAUGUUGACCAUGACUACUGAAAACAAAGAGGUUCCAGAUGCCAAGUCCCGUGAAGAGUUGAUAAAAAAUUACUACAUGACAAGGAUAGUAGAACUUACAUCUCUCCUACAGCUGUCCGACAGCAAGUCAGUACAUUUUCAUGCUGAGUGCCGGGCACUUGCCAAAAGAUUAUCAUUAGCUGAAAGGUCUAAGGAAUCACUGGUGGAGGAAAUGAAAUUAGCUACUCAAAGCAUCAGUAGAUUACAGGAUGAAUUGACAACUACCAAAAGAAGCUAUGAAGAUCAGCUAAGCAUGAUGAGUGACCAUCUGUGCAGCAUGAAUGAAACCUUAUCUAAACAAAGGGAAGAAAUUGAUACACUGAAAAUGAGUAAGGGAAAUUCCAAGAAGAACAAAAGUCGGUAGUUUAUGGUCAAACAACAGUCUUUCAGAUGCUGCUACUGCGGCUACACGGAAUUGCGGAUGAUGAAAAUUCAAUGUCACCCUCUUGAGCUAGCUCUUUAAAGGAACAGAGGUGGUUUGGUGUUGACCCACUUAUAAGUUAUUUGGUGCUGUAUAUGGCUUUCACACAUUUAGAACUUGUAAUCAGUAAAGCAGACAGAACUUAAUGUUGGCAGUAAAACAAACUCCAUGGUUAACCUGCAUCAAAAAUCCCUUAGGUUGUUUUUACUGUGCACAUUUUGAAAUUAGGUUUUAUGUAAUCUAAUAAAAAUGAUGUGUAUUUUCAAAUUCAAAUUUUCAAUUGUCAUCUAUACAGUUUUGUGUUUAAACAGUCAACAUUCAUACAUUCCAUUCCUUGCUCUUCUUAAAAAGUUGUCUCCAGAUUCAUUUGAAAAUGUAAUUUUUUUGGCCAUGUAAGUUGCAGUUAUUGCAAGAUUAUUUCCUCCAGCUCUGAUAUCUUCCGAAUUAGUUGGGAUGGUUGCUUAGGGAAAUUGAUGUCAGUAUAUUCAAACUUAAAGUGUACUGGCUCAGUCUUGAGUGGGGUAUUUGCAAUAUUAGAAACUUUGGUUUCUCUUACUUGGGGACCAUGGGUUUUGAACUGAAGAGGACAAGUAGCUUACUCAAGAAUUGCUCAGUGAACUGCAAAGUGUUUUGUAUUUUAAAAUGUGCUGGUAUAAAAAUUUGCUUCUAACAUUUAGAGCAAAAAGUGAGCAUAAAAUGUUGAAAAGGAACAAAGAUCUUUAAAUAAAAGUCCAAUCUCAGCAAUGUUACAGCUGUUAACAGAGUAAAUUGAUCUACUACUCUCUAGAAGUUAAUUCAUUGAUGUUUUAAACACUGAAUUUGCAAAGCUGUUAAGACAUUUUAUGGCAUUAUGAAGAAGACUCCUUAAUGAGCUUACUCUAAAAAUGUUUUCUACUUGUUUACUCAUUGUGAUUUAUUUAGGAAGGCUGUAAAUAAUCUCAUAAGAUUUUCAGCACAGUCUGAUGCCACAGGUAGAGAGGUGGGCAUGAAAUGAUUUUCCAAUCCCUUAACUAUUACCAUGAGUUAGCAUUGAGAAGAAACUGAAACCUUUUGAUAAAUGAGGCCAGCCAUGCCCUAGAACGUCCGAUGCUGUGGUUGUUAGAGCAUUUGUGUGAGCAGAGGGAAACCUGGGUUCAAGUCUCUGCUCCAAACCAGGCACAGCAAGGAUUUGGUCCUGCAUCUCCCACAUCCCAGAUAAGUGUCUAAUCCUCCGGGCAGCUGGUUUUUUUUGAAAUGUGGUUGGUCUCUCUCCCAUUGGAAUUGUUCCACUUUGAAUAAACAUUGGACUGGAGAAAGUGACGCAUUGUCUAGGCUAGUGAUUAUGAUUCCCACUUGGCAUGUGAAUCAGGGUCAAGGCUCUGCUCUAAUGAAUAUGCCAACUGGAAAUCCCAGAAUACUAAUGAACUGUUUUGAUGAAUUGGCAUUUUCCAGUUUAAAAACAUUGUCAAAUUCCUAAUCAGCUCUAGGAAUUUGCUCUAGUCAGACACCUGCUAUGGUUUCCAUAGCACAGUGUCUGACUAAAAUCAGUGUUGUUAAAUGUUUUAUAUUGAACUUCUGUUCCAUAAUGGAUAAUAUGGCACUUAUCUGUCCUAAAUGCACGAUACACUCUGUAAUGUUAGCCAUGUCACUGUAUAUAAUGCAUCUAUCAUUAAAAAAAAUCCAUAUUGCACAUUA